AUGGCUACCUCGUAUCCCCGUCCAGACUUCGAACGUAAGUCUCUCAAUUGGGUGUCUCCCAAUGGGGUCUGGGAUUUCCUCUUCGACGAUGGCAACGAGGGACUUGCCAACGAAUGGCCAAAGAAAGGCAUUCCCCCAAAUACAGCUCACAACCAGAGCAAACUUGAGAUCGAGGUUCCAUACGCAUUUCAACCCGCGGCGUCAGGCGGCGUCAGGAAUCGGGUUGCCAGAAGGCCACGAAGUGAUGUGAUUGCUGUGACUGGCAGGUCACCACAGGGUAUUUGUGCCGUGGAGAUCGAGGUCCUGUUAAUCGGGUCGAGUGUUGUUACCAAAGAGGCUGAGCUCCCCAAAGAACGGGACCUCGUCGCUUUUGAUCUCGACAUGAAGCUGGAUGACAUUGCUGGGUUUCAAACAACCGCACCAUAUGAUCAGGAAGGAGUGUGGCUUAACGGCAUCGCUCUUUGGGCUCCCGAACACCCCAUACUUUACGACCUCGUACUACGUCUCCGCAAUGGCUCAGGGAACCAGGUGGACGAGGUUCACACAACGGUUGGCAUGCACAGCUUGUCGUGGCAAUCCGGCGAUGGUACAUUCCGACUGAACGGUAAACCGCUGUUUUAG